CUGAUGAGACGACGAAAUAUUAUAUCUAGGUGUUGACAAUGGUCCUGAAUAUUUGUUGAAGAAAUUAUUCCAUCAUCCACGUAGAGUGUACAGAAAUCCGUGACAUCUUCUCCUACGGCUUGACGAAGGCAACGAAUAAAUAUGGCCAUGGCGUUCCUCAGUCCAAAAGCUAGGCGAGUGAAGCGGUAAUUUCUUCCGUUGAAUAAGAAUGAUAGAUAAUCUCUUGAUUCUGCCGCUAUCUGGAUCUGCCAGUAACCUGCGCUUAGGUCAACCGUAGAAUAUACAUUCUUCCCACUAAAGGUUUGAAGCACCUGCUCUAUCUGGUCUGGGCUCUCACGGUCAUCUUCCAAAAUGCUGUUAAGUGCUCGCGCGUCCAGACAUAAUCUCACGGUACCGUCCUUCUUAGCAACACAAACAAUUGGUAAGCUAUAUUGAGAGCUUGAUGGUUCAAUAAUCCCCAAUUCUAACAUUCUGUCUAUCUCUGCUAUAGCUGCCGGGCGGUAUGUAAAUGGUAUUGGAUAAGAUUUUCGGUAAUAGGCUUCAUGAGGUUUGACUUUGAGUCGGCAUUCAAAAUCUUUAGCUAGUCCUGGUUGUUCUGAGAAGACAUCUCUAUUUUCAAUGAAAACCUUCGCAACACUGUUUUUUGUAUCUAGAUCCCAUUCAGCAUAACAAUUUAUCCUAUCCAAUAAUUUUUCAAACAUUUCUUCAGAGGAAACCUCUUUAUCUAUCACGCCGUCAUCCUUCGUUGUUAAACUCAACACUUCAAAAUGCUCCAUGGUUUCUUCCAUUUCAUGAAUUCCCCAAGCUCUAGGCACGCCUUCCAUGUGGUAUGCAAAUUGUAUUAUCCGAUUUUCUCCAGGAUGUCUUUUUAAACUGAGAGGUGUAAUAAUUUCGGUGGUGGUGGUUUCAGGGCUUGCAUGAAAUUUCAAUGUACGGAAAUUCAAACAGGUUCGGAAAUACUGUAAGAAAUCAGCACCUAUUAUCAUUGAUGGACCUUUGACUGGCAACACCAGGAAAGUAUAUUCAAAUAUAACUCCUUCUAUUUCCACUUCUAAGAGACAUUGAGUGGUUACUCUUAUUCUUCUGCCAGGAUUAAUACCGGAAAUGUAUACAUUGGUAAGGGGUAGUAUAGCUAUUGCAUGUUUAUCUUUGAUGUUCGAAAACAUAUCCUCUUGUAAUAAACAGCAUUGCGAGCCACUGUCAAUCAGGGCUUGUAGUUUAGUCCCAUACAAUUUGCAUUCGAUAUAAGUUUGUAGCUGGCUGUCUGAUGUCACAUCGGUGUCGUCAGGGUUUUCUAAGAGUGUUUCACGCUGAUCGUCCGGAAAGUGGUGUCUAUGUGGAGAGGUUUGGCUUGUUCCUCUAAUUGGUAGAUGAAUAAUUAUCCUUUGCUUUGGGGGUAUCAUAUAGUCAUGUAGUUUUGGAAGUGCUUAUUUCUUGAUUUGGUGGUGGGUUGUUUGCAUGUUGAUUUUGGGUUGCUUUUGUUGUAUGUGCUACUGUGUAAGAUGUAUUUGUUCGGUUAUGAUUUUGGUGUGUCUCACUUGGAUUUUUGUGGUCUCUAUCUCGCUUGUAAUUAUUUCCAUUUGAACGAUCUCUGCCAUCAUAAUACGCUCCUCUAUCCUGUUGUUUAUUAUUGUAAUAUUGCGAUUUAUUUCUAGAACUGUUUUCAAACGAUUGACCUCUGCCAGUAUUUUCGGGGUAUUUUUGAUAUCGAGUGUUUGCUCCGGCAUUUGACAUUUGAUUCUCACCAUUAUAAUUUUUCCUGAAGCUGUUGCUAUUAUGAUGAGGAGAAUGAUUGGAAUCUCCUGUACGGUCAUUUACCUGGCUGGAUUCAGAAGUGACGGAUUGGAUACAGUGUAAAUGUUCCAUUAAUUCUUUGCAACUGGAAAUCGAAGAUACUGCUAGUGUCAUGCGAACAUUGUAAGGAAGCUUUUUUGUUAAUAUAUUCGCUAGUGAUGUGUCCGCCAAAGAUUCGUCUAGUUGCGAAUUCUUACACAUCAUCUUAGCUACGAAUUCAGUAUAUGAUUGUCUGCCUCUAUUAUCAUAUGUGCAUGAUAUAAUCUCUGAUAGUGCGUCCAUCUGUUUACGUUUACUCCAAUACUGCUGCAGGAAUUGGGAGAUGAAGUCCUCCAGGCUGUUGAUAUCUCGCAUCCGGCUCUGGAAAAACAUCAGCGGCUCGCCAAGUAGUAGACUGGACAGUUGGAAACGCCAUACUAACCAAGAGGUUGGUGGCGGCUGGCGGUUGACUGGUCACGUCGGAUGGCGACUGGGUGGCGGCACUCUCCGUUCCCUCGGCGAUGCUUGGGGCGAUCUGCGAAGACGCCGGUACCGGGUUGGACGCCCUCACUCCCUCAUCUCCCUCAGCCGGACUCUCAUCGGAAUUAAUCGCAUCGACGACGUUAUCAAUCUUCGUAGAAGACAAUUGGGCCAAGUUUUGCGGGUCGAAACUGAUGGAGCAUAUGCUGCCUCCCUCUCUCUCUCGUGGGGUCUCCGCGACAUUGUCCUGUGGUUGUUGAUUGGCCGGUGUCGUAGCUACAUAGUUUUGGGGGUGGUCGCUGAAGUAGGAGAUUUGCGAGUUAGCUGGUGACUGGUUCAUGGUGACGUUAUUAUGGAAAACUUCGAGUAAAUAGCCAAGUGUGUUGCCAAGUCUCAGGAAUAUUAAAAUGGAUUCAGUGAUAGUGCCUAUUCUGGAUAAAAUUGUGUUGUGUUGAAGUUUCAAGUGUCAUAUACAUAUAUUACAAAAAGACCUUCUAGUGCUACAGGUACGCUUAUCAACAUAGACAGAUAUGGCUUACAAAUUACACUAAUAUAGUUCUUAAAAUUUUAAUUAGGGUCUUAUCCUCCUGAAUAACGAUAGUAUUAUAAUGCCUCAAAUAACCUAUACCCUGGUCAGCAUACAAUGUCUAGAUUCAAAGAUCAAAAUCAAAAUCUUUACUAUAACUUUUAUGGAAAUUUCCAUCCAAUUUUCUCUAUUAUGAGAAUUAUGUUCUCAAACUCGUGUGAUACAGUUUGUCUGUAUUUAUGCAGCUUGAAGAAUUUUAAUUUGAAGAGCAACUCAAUUAUUUUAGCCAGAACUUAUAAUAGAUUAUCAGAUAUAUCUUGUCGAAACAACUUCAGUUUAUGUUUCUUGCAGCUUUCAGUUUUAUCAAUAAUUUCAUUAAUCAUUGAUAGUAAGAUUGAGUAGGUAAGCUUUUCCUCAUGCCCCACGUUGGGUGCCAUUGUGUGAAGUUGUGCUCCUGGGGGGGUUAUCUCUUAUGAUAGAGUCCCACGUUAUGAAGCUAUUGUGAGAAGUUGUAGAUUGCAAUUCCUUCACAGAUAAUACGAUGUUUCUGGUAUUUAUAAGAGCAGUCUCUAAAUUCCCUCUUUUGCGAAUAAAUUCACAAAAAAUUAAGGCCUUCCGGCUCGCAAAAUUACUGGGUUCAAACCUCAGCUCUAGCUCAGUGGUAGAAACAUGAAUUUUAUAAGUACAAAUAAUCACCAUAAGGUUCAAGGACCAGGUAUUGAUAAUUCUUACCGCUGCUUCUAUGAAGUUCUUGAAGAAUACCAGUAAGGAAAUUAAAAGAAUAUUUGAUGACUGAUUAUCAGUAACCAUGUACCACUAGAGAAUAAUCAGGACCAACUAUAGUUGUUUCUAGUUGAUUCUUAAAACGCUCGUCGUGAAUACAAGUAUUCACCAAUAUACCCCUUCAAAAUUCCUUAGAACUUACAACGCCAGUUCUUGAAGCUCUCUGGAUCCUUAUAUGAUAUAACUGGAACCUUAUUAUAUAAUUUCUUAAUAUAUUUGUUCUGGCUGAUGAAAUGAAUAUCAUCAAAGGAUGAUAAAUAUUGAGUGCUCUGAAUAAGGUUAAUAUUAUUUGAUUCUAUGAUUUUUAGUGCUGCUAAAUAUUUGUUGGUACCAAAACAGCUCAAACUAUAUAACACGAGAUGAACUAGGAUAAAAUAAAUUUCUACGAUUUGUAUGCUGACAUAAAAUACAAAAUAUAUUCCCAUAGAAAAAAUGUGCAUAAAAUAUUCGAUAUAACUAUAAUUCACUUAAAUAAUCUAUUUUUAAAAUCUGAAUAAUUAUCACAGGCUUUGCUAAUAUUCACAAUAAUGAAUUUCAAAUUCAUAAAUAUAUUAUAUUUAAUACUGGUACUUAGAUUUCCAAUCAAUGCAAAACUCUGCCAAUAAAAACCUGUUCGGUCUAUAAGUUUGAUAUGAUAUACUUGUUUCAAUUACAAAAUUAAUAUUUAAUAAAUUAAUAUUCAAAUAUGAGAUCUCAGGGCUUUUAAUGUGAAUUCGGGCAGUGCAUGGAAGUAAGCUUCCUACAUAUAAUAAAUAAAUUUAUAAAAAGUUCUUGUGAACUAUGUGAUAUUGUUCAACACGUGGUGACUUUUUAUUUUAACUCUAAUUAAUUGGAAUAGCGCUUUUUUAUUAAUUAUUACCCCACUGAACGUAGACAAAUGAGCUCAUUUGGUUUGACUUAUCACUCACUGACUGAAGUUCUGGAUGUUCUCGUGGAUUGAAUUAAUUAUUUCCAAUAAUUAAUUAGGUAGGCUCCUUUUCGUCACUGCUGGGCUAACGUGUGAUCCAGAUUUUUAUAAGUUUCUUUCGAAUUAAAGCUAUUUUUAUGGGAAUCUUUACAAUUACGAACUCUUGACAGCACUGAGUUCACAAACAAUUAACAUUCAACAAACAUACAUUACAUUUAAAAAAGGGUUUGGCUUAAUAAUUCGUUAAAAAAUUUUUAAAAGGAAUAAGAAAAAGACCCUAAACUCCAUGUGCAUCCUCUCGGGUUGGGAUCUUAAGCCAGAAGAAAAAGGUUUUCAGAAAAAUUUGCUUCUUCCUAGAAUAAUUCUAUAAGCUACUCUCUGAUUGGCCCUCAAUUUAAUAGACUCAAUACAAUUGGUUGCCUUGGGAAUCAGGGCUUCCUCGGCUUUAUAAUAGAAAAAAUUAAUAAAAGAAGUUUUUAUACAGAUAUAUGGGGUAUUUAUCUUAAAUUGAAUUCAUAAAUAAAUCGUAACAUACGAUUUUAAUAGAUAAUACAUUUAGUUUUUAUAUGAGUUUUUUAUACUCUUGAUUUAUCAUGCUUUUUUAGAUUAUAAUAAAUAUUUAUACAGAAA